UCAGAUUCAUUCUUUGUCAUCUUAGUUGUUUAAAGAUGUGCAGCUGUCUCAGCAGCUUCUGCAGAGUACUCCAAAGAUGCCAUGAGAGCUGCCUGAUCUGGGGGUGGCAGGAAUCUGUAGGUAUGCUGGUUGUGAGGAGCAGUCUAUCUCCAGCACACUGUUAACUCUAAAGCCUGUGUUAUGUGAAAUCUUAAUGACAAUCACUCCUUGGAGAGAGAUUCCACUUCUGGAUUACUUCUUCUGAAGAAGGCAGGGACAGGAUAAGGAAGUCUUUAACUUGUGUUCCCUUGAGUAAUACCUUCUGCUGGCCAGGAAGAACAGAGAAAAUGUCAUUUUGGGCAGGUUAUGAGCAAGCUCCCUGACAGCUUUCUGAUCACCCGGUCCCUUCUCUGACUCAGCAGCUUUUGAGAUAACAAAAGCAUCUGGUGUUAUCUAGUCUUAGCUUUCCUCAACUUGCCAUAAAACUUGUGAUUUUCUGUAGAUUAGGAUGCAGAGUUUUAGAAUUCAAGCAAUGUCAAAUGUCUUGAAUUUGGCAGGGUCAGAAGCUACAGUUUUAAGUGUCAUGGCUUUGCUUUUUUCCUGGAUGCACAGACAUGUGUGAGUUGAUGGUGUCUGUGAGUUGGGGCCACUUGGGAAAUGUGCAGGAGUUGUAGUGCAUUUUUACUUAUAUUUUAAUAUUUGUCUUAGGAAAACGGGCUUUAAGUACCUCUUCAACAAGUGGUUGAUGGCUGGCAUUGCCUUUACUGAGAUAACAAAUACUGUCUGUUUCUGCAGGAACAAAUCUUAUUUCUGUCUCUGCUGAUUAACAUGUUUUCCCUCUAAGGGAAGAUGCACCAAGUAGUUUUAUUAGGUUGAUGACACAUGCAGUCGCUCACGCUGACAAACUUCUACUAUUCUAAUUUUGGCUUCAUUUUAAAGAAAAUAUUUUAAUAAUGUCUUUCUCACCCUUCUUUCUGUUCUUCUUGGAUAUAGAGUGAGAGCAGAUCAAAUUCUGGUACAGAGAAGGUUGCUCCAGUCCCUCCAGCAGAGCUGGGCACAGCUAUGGGUAUUUGUGGAGUUUGAGGUUUGGAUGCUAUUCCAGUGAUUGUGAGAGGUCUCCUCCACAUAAAAUUCUGUCUGAGAUUAUGCACAAUUCAGACUAAGGAUGGUAUUUGGAGAAAAGAUGACUGUCAUCUCCUGAAACCAUAGAGAGAAAUAUUAGCGAACUCGGAUGAUAUUUUUUUCAGCCCUAGGCUCCUCUUAUCUUUCAAAGUCUUCCAUUAACACGUCUUAACAUUCACACCCUUGCUAUCCAUGUACUCUGCACCAUCCAUUUGUGUUCCUCUCAUGGCACAUUCUUUUAAGGUCACCUACAAUUUUCCACCGUCCUGCCAACUCACAACCAAACACUGGCCUCUUUUCUUUAUUUACUGCUUCAUUCAAGGUCACUGUUGUGUUGUGUAGCAACACCUUCUCAUGGUGCAGACAGGGCUGACCCUUUUGUUGGCAUCUUCUGUUGACUCUCAGAUGAACCUCAGGUCUGCCUCAGGUUACUCUGCCAUGCAUUACACUCAGCAAAAUGUCAUUGUUGCAUCUAGAGAUGGACAUGUUUGUAAGAACUACAGAAGAAUACUAACUGAGAUGGUUAUAUAGGUACCUCUGUGGGUGGCAUGGGCAAAGAGGUUCAUAGGUAAAGUGUUGUAAUAAAAUAAUCAAAGUUCUGUGGUACUAGAGUUCAAGUCAGCUCAUUUUCUGCACUUGAACGUACCUCCUCUUUCCAGCUUCUGGUGAAUAAAAAUGUGCUAACUAAAUACUCCAAAUUUGACAAUGAAAUUUAAAUUAAUCACAUGUCAUCUAUCUUUGGUAGAUCAGACUUCUACAAGGCUUGGAAUCAUUACUGUUCAACCUAGGUUUUGUGCACUGCAGAUUACUAGAAGAUUGAAUUUCCUUCCAAGAAAAACAACAAUGUUAAGUUGAAAUUUGCAAGGGCUAGAAGUGACUUCGUCAUCUUGCAUAGGUGGUUAAAGUAUAUCUGUGCAGAGUAAAGCAAUAUGUCUUUAUAUUAUAAAUAUAUAACAUAAUUUAUAGCAUAACAAUGUUAUAAAUUGCAUAAAUAAUGUUAGGUGGCCAAGAGUUUGCUUGUCAGUGGUAAAUAGGACUUGAAUUCCUCUUUGGAUAUAGUGAAUAUGCUUCUAAAGCCUUAUUCAUACACAUGAGGAUUAUUUAUGUGUAUAAGGCUUUAAAGGAUCAGAUCCUAUCAUCUAAAUUUGCAAGGCUUCAUGACUCUUUACUGUUUGUUUUUUGGGUUAAUUGCUGACAGAAGAGAGCUAAUGUAGUUGAAGCCAAAGUAAAUAUCAGAAAGUUGACUUACACUGAAACAUUAAAACUUCCAUUUUUAAAGAGUAUGGAUCUGUGCAGGGAGGAGUAGGGGACUGUGCUCCUUUGUGGUGCUUAAUAGCAUAUUAGAGGUCUGACAUGUUUUCAAACCAGUACUCUGGAGUGUUGAAGCCUCACCAGCUGCAGGGAUUUGCAGAGUUGGAGGUGGAGAGGGGUCUACAAAGAGCCCAUCAGCUCCUCUGCACAGUUCUGCCCUUGCAGGGGGCCAUCACUGCUGUCUUCUCGUUUGUGCUGAGCAUUUGGGAGAAAUAAGGCAUGGUCUUAUAUCUCUCAUCUAAGCUACUUGCUUUGCUUUCUGUGUAAGUUCUCAGGAUUUUUUAUUUGUUAUUUUUGCUGCCCUUUUAAAAUGGAAUGACAUGAAAAUAGCAGAUACAAUUUCAGAGAAGCUUUUACAAAUUUUAUAUCCCCAUCCAUGUGGCAGAAACAUAAAAUACCAGCAAAUAAUAUUAUUUUCUGGAUCCCUGGCAAAAUGUAUGGAGGGAAUCUGCUCUUAAACUGGAAGACAGCAGUUUGCAGUCUUUUCUGUACAACAUACUGUCUCUUACUGUGUAUUUUGGCAGCACUUGUAAUCUCCUCCUGCUCUGUAAAAAUAUAAGACCCUUUUAUACAAAGAUACAAACAUUCAGAAGGGAGCCUCUGCAUGCUUGUCUUAUUGGUCUGCUUAGUAUGACAGAUUUUUCUGGUACCCUUCUCUGAAGCAUUAAAACCUACUGUUUUGCUUUGACAUUUCUGUAAUUUCAAACUGUAUUAUGUAGAAGUUGGUAGCAGUGUUCAAAGCCAAGGACUUGAUUGGCAAGUUUUAGCUGUGAGUAAAUUUUCACAGCUGAUCCAUAAAUCCCCAACAGACCAUUAGGAGCUUCAGAGCGGCUCUGGCAAACUCCCCUACAAUAAUUGUAGUUUUAAGUUUGUUAUAUUUAGUUUUCUCACCUCUUAGCUGGAUGCCAGGGGGACCUCACUAGAAGUAAACCAGCUCUGUAUUUACUUUUUUUCUCCAAGCUAGCAGUUUGCACAAAUAGCACAGUGUGGGAGGAGGGCUUGCUCGUUGGCUCUUGGUGGACGAAACAGAGACUGACCAAGAGUGUGACUUGUGACAAAUGGACCCCAGAUCUGAGGUUAGACAUUUUAGUAAGUUGAGGAGACUUGGAGUACAUAAUUUUUAGCCUUCCACCUCCAGCCCCUGCUCUUAAGAAAUAACAAAACCAUCAAGGGAGCAGGAAAAAAUGCAUCUUCAAGCUUGAACAUGACAGAGUUGUAUAUAACUGUGUGAGACAGAGAGGCAGCUCUUAAUUUAAGUUCCUUGAGGUAAUUGUUCUUAUUUAUCUGUAGUGAAGCUGGCAGAGUGACCAGCUUUUAGGAGUUAGCACUGCUCUAAGAACAGAACUGCAUGGGUGGCAUCGGCGGGGGCAGCAGGCGUUGAUGGUGGGAGUAUUGCUGGAUCACCUGGAAACUUGGCUUGGAGGACACAUCCCCCUCUCAUGCAGGAAAGCCAGUGCUGUAGGGACUGCAUUGCAUCUUUAGUAAGUCCUGGAGAAUGCUUCUUAUAUAGCACUGCCAGACAGCCUAAUAAAGCCAGAGAGAUUCCUGUCGUUCCCCUGCAUUUAGAUCCUGCUGGGCAGGCUCUGAAGCAAACUCAAGACUUGAGUGCUUGUUUGAGCAAGCAAUGAAUAUUUUGUAUGUUUCCUUCUGAAAUCAGAAUUGCUUUACCAAAAAUGUACUUGUCCCUUGAUGGAGUCUGGUGUAUUACCUUGAGAAGGAAGGUGUGUCUGCAUGGUAAACUCUUUCAAAGGGUAUUUUUCGUUUUUCAGAAGAUAAAAAAAUAAGUUGAAUGUCUCUAUCUUCUGCCGCAGAAAACCAACCUCUCGUACCUAGAAUCCAUGAAGGAUUUGUUUACACAGGAGAGUGAAAGAGAAGCAUUAUCUGAAUGAUUUAGGAAGGGAAAUGAAGAAGAAUUGGUCUUUGAAUUUUCAAUUUUUUUUUUUAAAUUUAGAGCAAGAAAAGCAGAAAUCUCAUUUAUAUUAAAAGCUCUUUCAAACAAAAAUGACUUCAUGUUACAAUUUUAAUUUAGGAGGAUCAGAAGCUUUGUUGAUUAAGGUCUUGUUAGGAUAACGAUAGAGUAAGUAACUAUAAAUAGUGAUGCAGUGAGUGAUGAUCUCUUCCUACAAACUUCGUGUUGAACUUAAGCAGGAGAAAGUAAAAAUUUUAGCCGACAGCCUUCUUGCAAGGAGCAUCUCUGAAAUAGAGGGGUCUGCAGUAAAACAAAAGGACUUGGUCAUCUCUUCAGGCUUUAAUUUCAAGUGCUUUAACUUCAUUUGAUGCAAGAAGUCAAGUGGAAGUUGUCAUUCCAAUGGUGGGGAUAGAGUGCUCUUGAUGCCUGGGCCUGUUUUGGUAUCUGACACUUAAACUAGAAAUGCUAGGAGUGAUAAGAGUAAAUGAGCUCGUUUCAUGCGUACAAAUGAAAUGCAGAGCAUGCUUCUGCUGGGAGAAAAGACAGUGACCUUCAUCUGAACAGCAUAAUGGAAAAAAGUUUUCAGAACUGUAUGGAACUUCUAACAUAAAUUGGGUUUGGGUUAGGUAGGACUGUGGGAAAAAAACACAUUGUGGUAAUUAAAAAUGCCAAACUGUGUUAAGAUUAAAAACAAAAGGUAUCAGUUAUAUGGAUGUAAACAAACUACACAUCUUCCUAGGCUCAGCUGCCUAAGUGUUGUGCUCUGCUUUAUUUCCUCAAGAGCUGAAUGGAUAGGAAGCAGGUCACUAAAAGGGAUGGCGUGGUCCUUCUGUGCUUUUGGGGACACGGUUCACUAAGGCAGUGCACUAAAGAUCAUAAUGGCAGGGCAUCCUCACCUAGGAAGUGCUGACCGGCAGGUUGGUAAUGCAAAUUUCACUGACUUGCAUUUCACUUCCCUGGCAAAUAACAUUUGCAAAUGCUUGUUCACAGAAGGAGCUGGAGUGAAUCAAUGACCAGUAUAAAUGCAUAAGAAAUUUUACAGGUGGAGCCUCAGAUGAAUCUGGAAAUAAAUGCCAAACGUAAGAGGGGGGAUGUUUCUGAUUAUUGCUCUAAAAUACAGGCAAGGGAAUGUAACUGUGGAAGAGGAUGGCAGACUUUAGCAGGCUUGUUCUCACUGCAGGAUUAACUUGGACUCCUGCCUUGGUUUUAACCACUAUCAUCUAUCAAGAAAUUGAGUCUUACUUUAAAAUGUGCUUUUGUGACCCCUGAGGAUUUGAGGGAGAAUCUGAUCUUCACUUGCAUAGCUGACACUUUGGGAAGAGGUUGUCAGAAAAAUAAUCUACAAGCUGGUUAGCCUUCAUUUCCACCAUUCUCUGAAGGACAGAAAAGUUUUCAAUGUGAUGAUAUUGAACAAGAAGAAUUUCAAUCCUGCCCUGCUGUCAAAAUUUGCCAUCCUGAAACAGUGUUGGAUGGGCAGAGACCCAAAAGGGGGAGCUUUUGCUUGGAUUAGGUUAAUCAGAGAAGUGUCAGGAAGGUGAAAUGUAUGAGGGAGCCAUACCAGGAGGAAGAAUCUUCCUUUAUGUGGGAAAAGUCUGUGUACUUCUCCCAGCUUCUUUGGGAGUGCCUAGGCAUUAUGCCAGCAUUAAGUCAAACAACAUAUCUUCCCUCCUGCACCCACCCACCUUUCUGGUUGGUGUUGACAUUUUUUUCCCAGCUCUUAAUUAAAAUGAGAAUGAAGUUAAGGAGCAAGCUCAAUCAUUUGCUUUCCCCUCCUCAUGAUAGAAAACUACAGCUUUAGUAAUUGCAAUAAGUGACUGAUGGGAAAACAAAAUGUCUGUCCUGUGUGGAUGUUAUUUACCUGUGAAGUGGCCAGAGCAGUAGGGACAUUCUCUAACUUCUGUGUUUGUCUUUGAAAGUGAAGUGAUUUGAAGAAGCAAACCAGAAUUUUUUCUUGGUUGAAAGGGUGCCUAGGCUUAUGUACAACCACAACAGGAUAUUAAUAGAACAUACAGCAUUUCCUUCACAUAAAAAUACGAAGGGCACUUUGCUGAGAAAAAAUCCUGCUGUCCCUUUCUGUCUUUGGGACCAGCUCAUCACCCAGCUAAAAUUAAAACAUGAAGUCAGGCAGUUCUUGCUCUCUAUUUUUAAACUGCUUCAGCAUAUGAAUGUGAGUGUGAAAUCUUUCUUUAGGCCUCUCUUAACUUAAUUACCUACUUAUUCAAAAUAUUCUCCUCUCAAAUUGCUGAGCUAUAAUUAUAUUAAUCUUUCCUGUAGACACACUUUUGCUACUUGAUAUUUGUUUAAUUAGUUUUAUACUUAAUUUGUAGUUUUGUUAUUAUUUACAGUGAUGGAAACCUCAUGUGCUGCCAAGCUCCUGGAGAAGAGUCCAUUCUCUGUUGGCGCCCCGAGCCCCCUGCUCCCCUCGCCGGCGAGCCUGCAGCUGGCGCAGCUCCAGGCACAGCUCACGCUCCACAGGCUGAAGUUGGCUCAGACUGCUGUCACCAACAACCCGGCCGCUGCCACUGUCCUUAACCAGGUGCUCUCCAAAGUGGCCAUGUCGCAGCCACUCUUCAACCAGCUGAGGCACCCCACGGUGAUGAGCGCCCCGCAGGGCCACACCGCAGGCCCACCCCAGGGGCCCGGCAUCACUGGCACGAGGUUCCCCUCUGGUGGCAUUGCCUUUCCUGCCCAGAGCCCGGCCUUAGCUGCCCCAGGGGGAGGUCUGGGAGCCGUCCAGUCUCAGGCACCCAACGCAAUUGUCAUGAAUCCCUUUGGAAGUGUCAUGGCUCCGACGUCUGGCCAGCAACCCGUGGUGGUGGGUCUCAACAAGGCCGGUGCUUCCACAUCUACUGCUGCAGGGGGUUUUUAUGAGUACAACAAGCAAAACACCGUCACUGCCGCCUCUCAGGCAUUCGCCUCGGAGGGGGAACAGUCCAGCCAACACGGCUUCCUUGCUGGUGGCACCCCAGCAGCAGGGCCGCGCUACGAGAGUCACUUUGGGGCUCCCGGCCAGCUGCAGCACGAGGCGGCAGCGACAUUUCCCAAGGAGUCCUAUGGGGCAGCAGCACAGCAUGGUGCAGCACGGGCCUUCCCCAGCGACCCACACACGGGCUCCCAUCCGAAAGGAGAUCCCGGCCCUGUCUUGCAUGGCAGCAGUACAAGCAACCAGUGGGAAAAUAUCCCUAAUUUCCCCAGCCAAAACAAGCCUGACCUCAUGCCCGGCGACAGCCUGUGGCCGUCAGCGAGUCAGCAGCAGUAUGAAAUAAGAAACGAGCUGUACAACCCCGAAGAGCCGACACCUGACACAAAGUUCAGCACGGCUGCCCCCCCCGCCUUCGGCCGCCUCAACCACAGCGCACAGAGCUUCGGCAGCCCUCGCAUGAGGCAGAAGGAGGAGCGCAGUGGCGGCACGCCCGAACUGCCCACCCGCUCCCUGCCGCCACACCAGCUUGGCGACCUCCGCGGCGUGGCCCCUCUCCACUUCCCUCACAUCUGCGCCCUGUGCGACAAGAAGAUCUUCGAUCUGAAGGACUGGGAUCAGCACAUUAAGGGAAGUCUUCACAUUCAAAAAUGUAUGGCUUUUUCAGAUAACACUGGUAUCCGGUGUAUGUUGAGCUCAGCAGAUGGAACAUUGCAUUUAUCACCAAACAAUGCAGCAGUUUUCAAUCCAUCUAGUAUCGAAGAUUAUCCACCAAAUGUUGGCGCAUCUUUUAUCGCUACACCAGCAAGAUCCUUUGGACAGCCAGGUCCUACAUUUUCUUCUCCUCCAUCAGGGGUAAGAUUUCCCCAGAGGAAAUCUACAUUGGGUCGAGUUGUUCACAUUUGCAACCUCCCUGAGGGAAGCUGCACAGAGAAUGAUGUCAUUAACCUGGGCCUCCCAUUUGGAAAGGUCACCAACUAUAUCCUCAUGAAAUCUACUAAUCAGGCCUUUCUGGAAAUGGCUUACAGUGAAGCAGCCCAAGCCAUGGUACAGUACUACAAAGAAAAACCUGCUAUGAUAAAUGAUGACAAGUUACUUAUUAGGAUGUCUAAAAGAUACAAGGAAUUGCAGCUGAAGAAACCAGGUAAGAAUGUGGCUGCUAUAAUCCAGGACAUCCAUUCACAGAGGGAGAGGGACCUGCUGCGUGAAGUGGACAGCAGGUAUGGCGCUGAGAGGCCCCGCUCCCGCAGCCCCAUAAGCCGCUCGCUGUCACCUCGGUCCCACACGCCCAGCUUCACUUCCUGCAGCUCACCACACAGCCCGCUGGGGACCAGCAGGACCGACUGGGGAAAUGGGAGAGACGCAUGGGAUCAGUCCCCCUAUUCUCGACGGGAAGAGGAAAGAGAUAGCAGAGAAUGGCGAGAGAAUGGGGACGAGAAGAGGGACAGGACUGACACGUGGGUACACGAGAGGAAACAUUAUUCCCGACAGCUGGAAAAGUUUGAUUUGGAUGAACGGCUUGAAGGAGGCAGAGGACACCGAGAAAAAUACUUAAAGACUGGUUCCCCUGGGUCCCUUCACCCUUUAUCUGGCUACAAGAACAGGGAAGAUGACUAUUACCGAAAAUCCUCUAAGUCAAAAUCUGACAAGUUUCAGAGGCAGCUGCAGGAUUUACCUGGGAGAUCUAAGAGGAAGGAAGAGGCAAAGUUAAGAGAACGCAGGCAUUCUUACAGCGAGGACACUGCCAGGGAGGAGGCAGCUGAACAGAAGCACAGCAAAGCAUCUGAGGGCUCGAGGCAAAAGCAAAGUGAUAAGAAUAAGGUGAAGAAAGCUGAAAAAGACCAAGAAGAUGCUACUGCUGAAGGCAGUGAUGUAAAGGAAACUAAACCUCCUGAGAACGAGCUUGAAAAAGAGGAGCAAGUUCCAGUGAAGAGCUCACCUUCAGAUAAUAAACAAGGAAAAGAAUCCGGAGAGAUUCUGGAAAACACAAGGAAAGAGAAGGACCGAGACUGGGAGAGUGGAAGUGAAAUAGAAGGUGAGACCUGGUAUCCUGCUAACAUGGAGGAAUUAGUGACAGUAGAUGAAGUGGGAGAAGAUGAUUUAAUUAUGGAGCCUGAUAUAACUGAGCUUGAAGAAAUAGUCCCAGUUGAUCAAAAAAAUAAAGCUGCUUCAGAAAUGUGUCCCUGUGUGUCAACCAUGUUAGAACUGAAAAACGAUCACAGCCACUUAAAAAGAAGUGAAGACAAAUUUGCCCAUAAAGCUUUAGAAACAAACUUCAGAACAGCAAAGGGCAGUGCAGCUUCUAGGGGAUGUCAGGAAGAUGAUGAGGACGAUGAUAAUGAUGAUGCUGUAACUGAAGCAUCAAGCCUAAAUCUGGACCCUGAACAGAAGCCAGAGGAAUUGAAGGAAGACCAAUCUGCUAAGGAGUCUGAUUGCCAGCAGAAGGAAGGAAAAAUUGAUAAGAGCUCUGACACUCGUUUAGAGCCUGAAAAUCACCAUAUACCUUCUGUUCAUCUGAAAGAAGAGACUCUCCAGCUCUCUGAUACAUUUAUAGAUGAUUACAAACAGAUGGGAUCACAAGGAGCUGAGAGCAGAGAAGUUACGGAAACGCUCAUUAAAAACGCUAGUGAAGAAACAAGACAUGGAAGCCAAGAGUGUCCAGAGGCCAAGGCAAAUUCUAGGUACUUGGAAAUGAGAUCUCUGGAAUACCCGGAGGUAGAGUCUAAACAGAGGCCCUCUGCACCAGGCUGGGAACAAGAGGACGUCUUCACCGAGCUCAGCAUUCCCCUGGGCGUGGAAUUUGUGGUGCCUAGAACUGGGUUUUACUGCAAGCUCUGUGGACUCUUCUAUACAAAUGAAGAGACAGCGAAGACAAGUCACUGCAGGAGUACUGUUCACUACAAAAAUCUCCAGAAGUAUCUAUCCCAGCUUGCAGAAGAGAGCCUGAAAAUGAAGGAAGAAGGCAGCUCCCUGCCUCAGGAUGACACUGGCAUCGUUCCUCACUUUGCAAAGAAAAAACUAUGAUGCAGAUGAACUGGAAGAGCUGUAAUGAGUGAAUGCUGAUACUUUUUUUUUUUUUUUUAUUUCUAUGAUAUAACUGUCAAUUUGCACUGUACAGAGGAGGGGAAAUAAAGAGCAUGUUCCAUGCA